GGGGGGUAGCCUUUCUGUCACCCUUCCAGUCUCUCUGGCGCAACUUGCAGACGACACUGCGCAAUUACGGCUUCUUGUGUUGUCGGGGCAGCGAAUCACGGUUCUGAGGACCGGGUUUCGAUUCCCGGCCCCGCCUGUGUGGAGUUUGCACGUUCUCCCCGUGCCUGCGUGGCUUUUCUCCGGGCGCUCCGGUUUCCUCCCACAUCCCAAAAACAUGCGUGAAUUGGAGACUCUAAAAUUGCCCGUAGGUGUGAAUGGUUGUUUGUUCUUAUGUGCCCUGCGACCGGUUCGGGCGCACCCCUCCUCUCGCCCGAUGACAGCUGGGAGAGGCUCCGGCACGCCCGCGACCCGCGUGAGGAGAAGCGGCUCAGAAGAUGGAUGGAUGGAUGGAGUGCACUUGCGACGGAUUGGGUGCCCUGAGAUGGAACCGCCCUGGUUGACUGAGAAGAUUCACAGGCAGGUUGCUUGUGUUGUCUGGAAGGUGGAAGGCGAGUUUUAAAUGAACCCAUUUUGUGUGUGACCGUGAUGGCAAGCGGCAGCAAAAGGCUAAGCGGCCGUCCGGCAGGGGGCGUCGCAGAAAACGCCCCGACUUUGCGUCUAAUUGGAUCAGGGUCAGGCCGCCGCUUAGAUUUCCGUCCGCUUCCCGAUCGCCUCUCUCACCGGCCGAAGAGUCGCUCGCUUCCCGCGGGGGCGCCAGUGAGCCGUCGUCGCGCGUCCCGCGCCCGCCCGUUUCUCCUCGCUGACCGCGAGCGCCGAGAAGGGCGGAGUCGAUUCAUGUGACCAGAAGGGGCGGUGCAUCAUCAUGGCGCUGACGUACCUGGACCGCGUGGUCUCGGAGAUCAUCGAGACCGAGAGGACGUACGUCAGAGACCUGCGGAUGAUUGUGGAGGACUACCUGGCGCACAUCAUCGACCAGGCGGACCUGAGCGUCCGCCCGGAGCAGGUCUGCUUCCUCUUCGGCAACAUCGAGGACAUUUACGAGUUCAACAGCGAGCUGCUUCAGGAUCUGGACCUGUGCCAGCGGGACGCGGUGGCGGUGGCCAGGUGCUUCGUCACGAAGAGCGAGUACUUUGACAUCUACACUCAGUAUUGCACCAACUACCCGAACUCGGUGGCGGCGCUGACCGACUGCAUGCAGGACAAAAGUCUGGCCGUCUUCUUCCGGGAGCGCCAGGCCGCCUCGAAGCGGCCGCUGCCUUUGGGCUCGUACCUGCUCAAACCCGUCCAGAGGAUCCUCAAGUACCACCUGCUGCUCCAGGAAAUCGCCAAGCACUUUGACCCCAAGGAGGAAGGCUACGAGGUGGUGGAGGAGGCCAUCGUCACCAUGACGAGCGUGGCCUGGUACAUCAACGACAUGAAGCGCAAACACGAGCACGCCGUCAGACUGCAGGAGGUUCAGUCGCUGCUGCUGAACUGGAAAGGUCCGGACCUGACCACGUACGGCGAGCUGGUCCUGGAGGGAACCUUCAAGGUCCACCGGGCCAAAAACGAGCGAACCCUCUUCCUUUUGGAGCGCGUGCUGCUCAUCACCAAACGCCGCGGCGAGCACUACGUGUACAAGGAGCACAUCUCGUGCUCCGCGCUGAUGCUGAUCGAGAUCACCAAAGACAGUUUGAGCUUCAGCGUGACUCACUACAAACAACCCAAGCAGCCGCGCACCGUGCAGGCCAAAUCCGUGGAGGAGAAAAAGAUGUGGGCCCGACACAUCAAACGCAUCAUUCUGGAAAACCACCACGAUAUCAUCCCGCAGAAGGCCAAAGACGCCAUCUUGAAUACCAGACAUCCUACCAGGCGUCGCUACUGCCCUGAGAGGCUCAAGAAAGUUCCGUCCUGUUCACCCGACGAGUUCCCACGUCAACGCUCGGCAGACGCGAACGAGAGAAUUGAGUCGAGCGCCGGAGGGCAAGUGGGCGGGGUCGCCAAGGAGACGGACAGGAGCGACGUUUCCUUCAACGAUUCCAAUGAAGAAAGCGGCCUCGGUGAAGAGGAGGAGCCCGUAGGACCCGAAGCAGCUUGUGAGCAGGAAUCCAUCCUUCCUUUGCAGAUGUCCACGGAAGAGGAAGCGUUGGGUUCUCUACUUCCUCCAGAGUCCUGCCCAUUGUCUGAGGACCUGAAACCUGCCCAAGUCCCCGUGUGCGCGGAGGACCCGUUGUCCGCCACCCCAGAGUCAGAAUCUAAACCCGGAAGUAGCGGAGAAUCCUCUGAAGACGAGGAUGGCGAGAAGGAAGCGGAUGGAAACGGCAGCAUUCUUCCUUCGUCCGUCCUGGAUAAAGCGGGCACUAUCGCAGAGCACUUUAGCGGCGUGAAGCGAGGCGCUCCGGGCCAGGAUGACGUCUGCUCUCCGGGAGCUUCGCCACGGUUACCCGUCGCGACCAGAGGUCACCUCAGUUUCAGUGCCAAACACGGCGGACCCGGACCGUCUUCGCCGCUCAACAGCGUCGGCUCGGAUCUGAGCGAAGCCGACCGGAUGCUCCUGUCUCCUCGGGGCGACGCUCACUUUGACGAGGACAGCGGUGUUCUGCGAAGGCGAGACUCGACCCUCUCCAGUCAGGACCAACUUCUCAUCGGGAAGAUCAAGAUAUACUACGAGAAAGCAGAGAACCAGGAAGCCGGCUUCGGCCUCCAGCGUAGGGAGAGUCUGACGUACAUCCCGGCAGGCGUCGUGAAAACGUCGGUCAGCCGCCUUAACAGCGUCCCCGCCCGGACCGAGCCCUUGCCCCCAGCUGUGGACUCAAGUUCACUGCCAUCCAAUUCCAAAGGUCGCGUGGUCUCCAGUGACUCUUUGGAUGGUCAGAGAAGCGCAAGUCCCCAAAAUUCUGGGUUGCUUGUCAAAGGGUUCUCCCGGUCCAGACCGCAAAGGCAACAGAACGCAGAGGAUGAAGACUUCAGACCUUCCAGCGAAAUGCUCAAAGUCCGGCAGGUGAUGGAAAAGCAACUCGGCGGGACUUUCAGCCUUUCCGACGUUACCAACAAAAGACUUCAAAAGGAGGGAGCUCAGCUGGACCUGGACUCCACCUCACGGGAGACCGUUGCGGCUUCGUCCCUCAGACACAAAGCCAACAGCAGGACCCGCACAGCGAACUUGACCGUUCCUCCCGGUGCGCUCAGAGCUCAGCUUCCUCAAGGCGCCCAACUUGGAACACACGCCGUAGACGAGGACGAGAAACUGACAGAUGACAAAGCGGACAGCAAGGUCCGCUAUCUCGCACGUCAGUACAGCCAGCGCCUCAAAAGCGUCACGCCGCUUGUCGGACGGCGAAGUUCCGGAAGCCUGACGGCCAAGCGGACCCUGGCCUGCGUGCUGGAGGAAAGCCCAGACAGCGGUCCCGGUCCGACUCUGCCAGCCGCCGCUCCCGUGGAUCAGGUGCCGCCGCGGAGUCCCGAGCCCGCCGGCGUCUCUCCGGGUCAGAGUCGCUCUCGCAGUCCCGCCGGCGCCAUCUGUGCACCUCAGUCCGCCGAGGGCUUCGACUGGCCCGACGUGCGAGAACUGCGGUCCAAGUACUCGGACGGGAGCGGGUCUAACGCGGCGAGCCGGAGUUCCUCCGUCCCGGAGCAAAUGUUUGACGUCGGGUCGAGGCGGCGUUCCUCGAGCGACGCUCCGCCUCGUGGGCCCUAUGCCACCUCCGGCCGCCUUAAAUCCCACAAGGGGCUCCACAGACCACAUUCUCCGGACCCUUGGCUUAGCGGCGCCCUCGCGCGCGAGACCCGAGGGCAGCGGGCCGCUAACGACGCUGCUGAUCACGUUACGGCCCGGGAACCGCGAGAAAAGUUCCCUCGGCGGGAGCUCUUGGUCACCGGGAAGCUUUCACCAGAAGCCGACCCAGAACCGGCUGAGGCAAUCGAUGAAGAUGACGACGACGCUUACGUUGAGAUCCGCUCGCCAACCAGUCGGGAGAAGAUUUCCAUCUUGGCCGUCAUGGACCGCUGCCGGGCCUACCAGGAGUCGGACGAGUACAAACAGAGAAGUCAACUUGCUAAGUCUCCGGACGGAGGCCGGUCCCAAACUGCUGGAGAUCCCCUCAAAACCACCGGAGACCACUUCCAAACCUCGGCCGCUACUGGACAGCACAACGUAGUGAAAAAUCUCCGACAAAAGUUCCAGAAGCUCAACUCCUAAAACGCAGAAAUCCACUCAACGAAAAUGAGAAUUCAUAUGGAAUGCCGUUGGAGCAUUUAUUCCAUACCCUACUAGUGUGUCGAAUUGUCCAUGUACUAGUACACUCUUUUUCCUCACUCUUUAGACAACUCAGUGCACCAGUCGCAAAACUAGGGCACACUAGUAACAUUUUUACCACUACUAGUGACCCCGUUUUUCUACUAGUACACAAUUAACUCUUACCAGUAAACUACUGUGCUACCCUAUUAACACUACUAGACCCAACUGGUAGGCCUGUGCCACGCACUAGUAGCCUCCUUCUCAAGAAUAUCCGGCGUAAGGUCCGUGUACUUGUAGUCGGACCAUUUUGGCAUACUUAUAGGACAACUACAUGUUACUAGUGAGGCAAAAACUGUGCACUCGUUGAUAUCUGUGUGCUACUAGUGCUAACUGUUAGAUAAUUUCACUGCUAGCACAGUUUUGCCUCACUAGCAACAUGUUGUCGUUCCACUAGUGUGAAUGUGCUAGUACAUGCACUAGUGCACUAGUAGGAUAAAUAUAUCAGUCAAAUAAAUGCUUAAACGAGCGGCCUGCUUGCUGUAGAUUGAUGUCAUGUGACCUUGCUUCAAGGGGCAGGUCACGUGAUGGUCUGCUUACCGUCUCCAUGGCAACAACAAACAAGGACGUUAACUCCCUCGAAGGUCCUGACUAGUUGGUUUUCUUCUUCAAAUGAGUCAUUUUAUACUGAUUGAUUCGAAACACGCUACGAGCUUGAGUGCUUUGUAGUAAUAUUGAAUGUCACGACUAUUGUAAUGUGUGUAUUCUGUACAGCACUUCCAUAUUUAUUGGCGAAAUAAAACACUGGCUGGCCUCCUGGGCUGUGGAAAAAUCAAGGUCACGUGAGCGCCUUUUUCGGAGCGCAAAGCGAGUGAUGGGGUUGGGCGCAUGACGUCACAAAAACAGCGUAGCGCGGUGUGUUGCAGCAGGUUGGAGAUGCGCCGGAAACCGGCCAGCCUUCACACCGAAAGCUUGGCCGUCGCUAAAGACUGCAGCGUGUGAAAGCAGCAAGUACACUUUUACUCCAGAGCAUUUUGCUUCCGGACAGGAUUCUCAGAUGUCGUUUUUCGACCAAUGUCGUCCGUCAAACGGCGACGAAAAUGCGUACGGUAUUUUAUUGUGAAGGCCGACGGGUGUUCGUUCUCUCGCGUGGCCAACGCGCUGCGUCUUGACGCAGCGGGACGGGUGGCGUCUGCUCUGGUCCUG